AUGUCGCCAACAAUUAUUACCUGCAGUUUUUGGGAUAAGAUAAAUCUCCUAAAAACUGAACUUACAAAAAUUCAUGAGCAACCAGAGAGUGGAUAUAAGCUAUUAUCAUCCCACUUACUUCACAAAAAAGAAAAAUCUACAUGUAAUUUCGAGCAUUCAUUCGCAAAUGCAUGCAUUAUGCAUGAACAUAUGCUAUCGUUCUAUUAUGCAUACUCACGACGAAGUAAUUACAUGCAUGAUGAUUUCUGCGUGCACUACGUGCUUAAUCAUUGUUAUAUGCAUCAUGCACUUGCAUUACAGAUAAUGCACCUUCGUAUCAAGCAUAACGUUGCAUGCAAAACUUUUCCAAGUUUGCGCAGUUUCCAUAUCUUUUACGUGAUUUUCUUUAUGCUAGCAAAUGCGGUAAUUUUAACACCACCAUAUCGUAUCUACGUGAUACGUGAUCCUGCUCAAUUUGUAGUCAGUGAAUUACAAAUAGCGACAUUCUCUCAAAGAAUAAAGCAAAAUGAUUUUGGAGCGUUGCAUAUGAAAAGCAACACAGAAUUGCUUAGCUAA